GUAGAUCAAUUACAUAACCGUGUUAUACAAUAUGUACAUCUCCAGUAAACCGUAAACGGUGAUAUGGACGAGGAAUUUCGUCAAAACGCCAGAGAAAGAAGCUCAUUUCGUUAUCAGGGAGGUGUAGCCUAGGCUAUCCUCCUUUUGGCCCCGAUGCCACUGUGCUGGCUGCUCAUCUUCUUCCUCCUCCUCCUCCUCCUCCUCAUACUCCUCCUUCUCCUCAUUGUGUUUCUGCAGGGAAAUACAAGUCAAGGUCCAGUGAGAGUCUCGACUGGCUGCAUAAAGACGCGCCUACUCCCGGUUGCGCACUUCUUAGCCUACGUGUCCGAGUCUCGUCUGAGCAUCCAGAGAGCGGUUUCAUGGGAAGGAUUAAAAACUCAGUUUGAACAAAUAAUCGUCCGGAGAUGGUUCUUCAAAGGAUUUUUCGUGCUGUCAUUAUGGGACCUCCGGGGUCGGGGAAAGGAACAGUGUCUGCGCGCAUAACUAAAACUUUUGGACUGAAACACAUUUCUAGUGGGGACAUUUUGAGAACCAACAUCAACGCUAAAACCGAGCUCGGUCUGUUGAUGAAGUCCUGUAUUGAUCAGGGUCAGCUGGUACCUGAUGACGUCAUGUGUCGUCUUAUCCUGAGUGACCUGAGAGCAAUGGGCCAGAGCAGCUGGCUGCUUGAUGGUUUCCCUCGUACAGUAUUCCAGGCCGAGGCUCUGGAUGAUGCCUACAGCAUGGAUACAGUCAUCAACCUCAAUGUACCUUUCCACACAAUCAAACAGAGGCUCACCUCACGCUGGACUCACCUUCCCAGCGGCAGAGUCUACAACGUAGAUUUCAACCCGCCUAAAGUUCUCGGUUUGGAUGAUGUGACAGGGGAGCCUCUUGUCCAGAGGGACGAUGACACACCUGACACAGUCACACGGAGACUGAAGGCCUAUGAAACCCAGACAGAGCCUGUCUUAGAGUAUUACAGGAGUAAAGGUGUACUACAGAUCUUCUCUGGGACUGAAACCAACAAGAUUUGGCCGCACGUCGAGGCUUUCCUUCACAGAAAACUCUCCUCCGUUAAACAGAAAGUUGCAUAGAAAGCCUGAACAGACUUUAAGGGUUAAAGUUUACUGGCAUAAACCACUCCGUAAGCACCGUCCAAUCAUAUGCCACUUUCUGUGAACCAAGAGGAGAGCCAUCUGUGCAAUAAUAUGUUACGAAUGUUAAAAAUCAGGAGCAAGCUCAUACAGUUUAUGUCAGGAGCGAUAGUAAGACUGCAGAUGUUGAAAAAACUCCACAAUGUCUCUCAAGUUAGGUUGGGAAACUCUCAGGAUGUGUGCAUAAAAUCCUUAACAUUAAUCCUUAGAAUUUCCACAGAUUGUCUCUUUAUUUAAUAAUAUGCCUUUAUGAAGCCACGAGACUUUACUGAAUCUAAUCUAAUCAAUGGGCAAACACAACUAAACACUAACUGAGCUAAAUGAGAGAUUAUUCUGUUUUCUCCGUUAGAAAUCCUUUAUAAAAAUGACUAAAGGGAAUUGUGCCACGUUCUACAAAUGACUGUAUAUUAACUUUUGCACUGAAGUGCCUUUUGCUGCUUUUGGAAUGUAACAGGUAGCUCAGUGAAUGUAGUUUGUAAAUAUGUUUUAUGAAUAUGGACCACAGAUUUAAUGAUGUAUGAACCACACUUGUUAUAUUGAAUAUUUUUAAUUAAACAUUGUGUAACAGCUUCUUUUAACUA